AUGGAAGAUCUACUUUCCACCUCGUUCGACUUGCUCUCCUCCUAUGAUCCGAUUCACAUUCGGAAAGGCCUACGAUGCCUUGAAGGAUUUCUUGCAAAAAUGUGUCUUCAGGUCCCUCCAACUCCAUCAAAGGGUGGUGCUAGAACAGCUGGCGCUGCUAAUUCCUCUGUUGUGGGUGUGACCAGCAGGCCAAAGGAUGCCGCUUUCAAAGAGUUCUUGCGACUACAGAGCGGCUUCGAAUUGAACGUAACCAUUCGAUUAAUAUCAUGUUUGGAGCGCCUCCUAGGAAGAACGAAUAACGGCCAGAACAACCUUUUGAUCCUUUCUACAUUAGACUUGAUCCAAGGAAUGCUUUUGCUUCAUCCUCAGUCUCGCAAACUUUUUGCUCGAGAAAUCCACAUGAAUGUGCUUUUAGAUCUUCUAGAUGCUGAAAGUAAUGAUGCCGUCCAAUGCGCUACUCUGCUAACACUGGUUUGCGGUCUCCUUGACAACCCCACCAAUACAAGAACUUUCGAAUCACUAGAUGGCCUCGCUACUGUCACAUCACUCUUCAAACGCCGCGACACUCCUCGAGAAGUUAAACUCAAGAUUCUAGAAUUUCUCUACUUCUAUCUUAUGCCCGAAGUUCCCUCACCUUCCGCACCUCUUCCACGAGGACAGAGUGAGAGAUCAUCUUCGAGAAAGGAAGCUCGGGCAGAAAAAACUACAGAGGAAAAGCAAAGGAUGCUGGGCGAAUUCAUGAGUAACGUAGAAGGGCUUGUCGCGGACUUGAAAGAAAGUCAGCCUUUCGGGAUAUGUCUCAUUAGUUUAGGAAGCGCCCAGACACGAGGAAAGGUUAAGUCCUUCCCCAAAGAUGACACCAAGAAGCCCGUUCACCUUACCGCCGCUCUCGGGUACAAGGCCGGCAUGACCACUAUAGUUCGUGACUUGGACAGGCCAGGCGCGAAGAUGCACAAAAAGGAGGUCGUCGAAGCUGUCACUGUUAUCGAGACACCACCGAUGGUCAUUGUUGGUGUUGUUGGAUACGUUGAGACCCCCCGCGGUCUCCGAUCUCUUACUACCGUUUGGGCUGAGCAUCUCAGUGACGAUCUCAAGCGUCGCUUCUACAAGAACUGGUACAAGUCCAAGAAGAAGGCUUUCACCAAGUAUGCCAAGAGACACGCCGGUGAAGGAAAGGCCAUUUCUCACGAGUUGGGGCGCAUCAAGAAGUACUGCACUGUUGUUCGUGUUCUUGCUCACUCUCAGAUCCGCAAGACCCCCCUAAAACAGAAGAAGACCCACUUGAUGGAGAUUCAAGUCAAUGGCGGCUCGAUUACCGACAAGGUCGACUUUGCCUUCAGCCACUUCGAGAAGGAGGUUACCAUCAGCUCAAUCUUCGAGCAGGACGAGAUGAUCGAUGUUAUUGCUGUCACCAAGGGUCACGGUUUUAAUGGUGUCACUUCCAGAUGGGGGACUAAGAAGCUACCAAGAAAGACCCACAAGGGUUUGAGAAAGGUUGCUUGUAUUGGUGCCUGGCAUCCAUCGCACGUACAAUGGACCGUUGCUCGUGCUGGUCAAGACGGUUACCACCAUCGCACCUCUGUCAACCACAAGAUCUACCGCAUUGGCUCCGGUACUGACGAGGGUAACGCAUCAACUGAGUUCGAUAUUACCAAGAAGACUAUCACUCCUCUCGGUGGAUUCCCUCGUUACGGUGAAAUUAAAAACGAUUUUGUUAUGGUGAAGGGUUCUGUUCCCGGUGUAAAGAAGCGGGUAAUGACCUUGAGGAAGUCAAUGUUCAUCCACACUUCAAGAAGGUCACUCGAGAAGGUAGAACUUAAGUGGAUCGAUACGUCAUCCAAAUUCGGUCACGGUCAAUACCAGACCAAGGAGGAGAAGCAUCAAUUCUUGGGUACUCUCAAGAAGGAUAUUGCUGCUGCUUAGCCGUUCUUUUCUCUUUCCUUUUCUGUUCUUUUGUGUUCCAUAGUUUGGGGGGUCAAAAAAAAAAAACCUUGAACCAAUA